AUGGAGGCACACUCUUCUCCCACCACCGGCGCUGCUGCUGCUGCUGCUGCUGCUGCUGCCGCCUCUCCCCCCUUGGCGAGCGACACGCCCAUCGCGGCUUCCCCCACGCUCCCCGUCUCCGCCAGCCUUUCAACGAACGCUGUCACCCGCAACUUCUCCGACCUGCACGCCCCGACGUGGUUCGGACUCCUUUCGGCCAACAUCGCCGCCCGCACGCUGCUCUUCCAUCCCAUUCAGCUCGCCAUUAGUCGUAAGCGAGUGACACGAGAGAGCUCCCCGCCCACCGUGUGGGGUUUGAUGAAGGCCGCCUACCGCGGAGGUCGCACAUCCGCCUACGGCCCUGCCUGUUCAAAGGGUCAGUACGACUUUGGCAAGGGGGGAGCUCGUGGACUUUACCGCGGUGUGGGCGCGGCGCUUCUGUGCAACCUGGCUGGGGAAACGAGUUAUUUGUUCACGCUGGAGGCGAUAAAGGAGUACGUGACAAGCUCCACAUCGUCUGGCAGUGGAAAUAGUACCUCUCACACAGAUGGUGCACGGUCCUCUUCCACCUCCUCCUCCAGUACCCAAGAGCUGAAGAGUGAGGCACCUUCUACUUUUGCUACCAGCAGCUCGUCUGCCGCCGUCGGCGCGAUGUGCGGUGACCUCGUCGCCCUUCUUCUCGUCUCUCCGCUGGUGAUUGUAUGCAACAGGCAGAUGACGGCUGGCUACAGCAUGGCCGCAUCGAACCGCUACAUGACGAUCCCGCGCACGCUGAUCGCGGUGUGGGGUUUGUAUCAGCACGGCACGCCCCCCGCCUCCGCAGCCGCUGGGGCAGGUGCGACGCAGGCGACUCCUGCUCCGGCUAAUUCGAUCAGCCGCCUUUACCGCAUCCGACGGGGCUUCUGCGGAUUGUAUCAAGGUCUGAGUGCGGGGUUGCUGCGCAUCCCAUCCAGUGGAUGCUGGUGGGGCAUCUACACGAAAUCGAAGGAGGCGAUCUACACCGUCGCAGCGCCGACGCUGUCCCGGUGGGAACAGGAACACCUGGAAAGGACCGCCGCAGGAGCAGCAACAACGAGUGACGGCGCAGCCCCGCUGGCACCUCCCGCCUCAUUUUGGCAGCAAAACUGGCUCUUGUCUCCGACGGAUAAUCCGCUGCUGAAUGCGCUUGCUGGCGUCGCUGCGAGUGUGUGCACCACACUUGUCUUCAACCCGAUUGCGGUGAUCCAAACACGUCAGCAGUCGCUGCCGCCGCAUUUCUGGACAGAGUCCGCGCAACGGGCGAACGCGGAAGGGGCAGCAGGGGCAGCAGCGUCAGCGUCAGCAUCGGCGUCGCCGCACCACCGCAGCUGGAAGACGUCGUUGCCCUUCCGUCGCGUUUACCACGUCGCCAACGACCUCGUCCGGAAGGAGGGGCUCCGUGGGUUCUUCAAGGGCGCCCCGGCAAACAUCUCCGUUGCCGUGAUGGACGGCGUGGUCUUUACGCUGCUGUUUGAGUUCACCAAACUGGGCAGUGAUGUUCAGUUUCUGGAGCAGCACGGUUGCGACUCUCUCUCGUAA